AUGGAGGAGGCGAAAGCGGAAGUUAAGACGGAUUUUUUUAAUCCCAUACGCAUGAAUACCUUAGGUAUUCCACAAGAACAUGACCUCUUGAUAGCAUAUGACGUCUAUCGACCAUCAUUGGAGACGCGCGCCUUGAAAUCUGAACAGGGCCGCACCAUGUACGCUGAAAUAUUCAUUGAGAACCCUAAGUUGGGUCCACUGAGGGAUCUAUGCACAAGCACAUUAUCACAAGCGUAUACGCCGAAACAACUGCCAUUAUUGGCUGAGGAUCCGUUGAAAUUACGUCUAUACUAUGACUCGUUACGUUUGGAUCUGCCACUGGAGGAAUGCUAUGACAUUACCGACGAUAAGUAUUGGCGUCGUUUUGUAUUGUCCAAAAAUGAGAAUAUUGCGUUGACGUUUAAAAAAGUAUACAACUGGCGUAGUCUGGGAUUAUCUAUGAAGUUUGUCGAAUUGGUGGAAGCGUGCCCGGCCGAGUAUUGGCCUUUAGAUGAGAUGCAACCAAUAGCUGAGAAAAUAAAGGAUUAUGUCGAUGAAAUGCAUAUACGUAAAUUACAAUCAAUGUCUGAAAGAUUUUUCAAAGAGCACAUACAUUUAGAUGACUCUGAAGAGUCAGAAAGCGAUUCUACGGAUGUGGAAUCAAUGACGGUGACACCACGUUCGACCGUACUUACGUUGAACGAAGAGUUGGGAUCCGAGGAGGAGGAAGUGAAAUCAACGCGUGGCAAAAGUAAACAACUUUUAGCAGCUAGAGAAACGAGCACACUUGAAGAGAUGUCAGAGGUAUACAAAACGGAAGAAGAACUGGAGUGGGAACGUAUGUAUGAGGAAAUCAUGGCAGAACGUAAAGAACGUACGCGUGUAUUGAGAGAGGCGCAACAGAAGAGACGCGCAGAGCGACAGGAGCGACAACGCGUGCGAGAAUUGCAAAGGGCAGCAACACCACUGCCAGCUGAGGAGCCUGUGGUUGGCAAAAAAAAGAAGAAGAAAUUCAGAGCCAAGGGAGUAUUCGAUAUGGUGGUUGAACCACCCGAGGAGGACGAAGAGUAUUUGGUGGUUGAUCGACGAAAUUUGGAACGUCAGUUGAAAACUGUAAAGAAGCUCGUUUAUCCAACCAGACUAUGUCAUCAUGUGAGCUUGCGUUUUGUGCGUUUUUUCGACAACUUAGUCAAUUUCACCAUAGAGUUUCGCGGUCCAGAUAUGAAGCGUGAUUUUCACGAAAGACACCUGAAGUUCUCCUACGCCGAUAUUGAGGGUUUGGCCUAUGGCAUCUCAUUUCUGCAGAAAUUGAAGAUAUUCCGUUUGCGUUGCAGCUAUAUGGACGCCCGAAAAUUAUAUAUACUCGCAAAGUCACUGAAAUGCUUGCAAAGUAUAGAGACUAUCGAUUUCGGUUACGAUUGCUUGGAGGACGAUUGUGGUUUGGGUUUGUUUGAGUUGUUCCGCCAUACAAAUUCUAUAAAAUCGCUCGAACUUGAGCACAAUCUGAUUGGUGCACAUGCUUUACACUUUUUGGCGAUCGGCCUUAGUCAGUAUGGUGGCCAACUGGAAUAUCUCGGACUUGGUGGCAAUCCGCUGGGUGAACGGGGUCUGCAUGAGCUCAGCACAAAGGUUUGCGCUACGCAAAAUAUUACACAUUUAAAUGUGCGAACCGCUCAAAUGACCCAAUCGUCAAUCAUAUGCUGCAUUGCAAAUGAAUUUUUGAAGCAUUUACCGUUACGCUCGUUGGAUCUACGCGCAGUGCCCAUUAGUCAAGAAGCCGGUAUAGAAAUCCUGAAGGUUUUGCAAUUUAAUACUACCAUAAUGCAUAUGGAUGCACGUGAUUGCCAAUUGGAUGCAGAUCUUGAAAUCGAUAUAGACAUUAUUCUGAAGCGAAAUCAGUAUAUUGCCGAGAAUCCGUAUUUAAAUGACUACACAAAGACCACGGAAGAGAUCAAUGAAUAUGUAAACCGCAUUAAAAAUCCGAUUUUACUACGCGCCAUUGAUGCUGUGAAGAAACGCGCUGAAUGCUUGGAGAACCGUCCACCAGAAUUCCCACCAGAUGUCGAAGAAAACUAUGAGGAACAAUCGGAGAGUACAACACAACGAAAUAUCGAAUCAAUAUCAAGAUCGAUUUCUAACGUUGAACCAGUUAUGUUGUCACCAUCAUCGUCAGCCGUUGAUGAUUUACAAAAUACCCCCUUCGUUUAUGAUCCAAAUAGUUUCACCGAAAAAGAGUUCCUGGAGCAUGUAUAUCUACCUGGUCCGGGGGAACGUUAUUACUUUUUUACGGAGUUCCAAAAGUUGCGCUUAAGUCAAUUAUCUUAAGCAACUUGAUAAUGCUUGACGACGAAAGGCAAAAGACGAACCGAGUGUUUAAUCGAGAAAAUGAG